CAACACGAAUGCAGUCUGCACAGGACACCUGAGCAGUAUUUUAGUCAAGGAGAACUUGUUAUCGGAGACAGAGGGAUGGAGUGUACACCAAAUAUCAUUGCUAUGUUUAAGAAAGACAGGAAUCACUCCACUCUGCGAGGGAAGAAGGCUUGGUUCAACCUAAAAGCAGCUGCGGCUCGGUACAAUAUUGAGCACACCUUUGGUAUCUGCAAGGGACGAUGGCAAAUGCUUCGUCAUGCUCGACUAGCUGUCAAAGAUCAAGCAGGGGAAGCUAUGGCCCAGCUUUACAUACAGGCUGCAUUCGUUCUUCAUAAUCUUUUGGUCAGCACUUGGAAGCAUUAUCUCAGCCAAGAAGAGCUCGAGGAGAUUUUG